UAUCAAAACACCAUCGCUAACAAAAUUCGUUGCCAUUAGAGAGCAACAUGGGCAUGUCGCAACGAUUAAGGAAGAAAAGCUUGGUUAUUUAGUCGGCGAAGAUCUCCCGGCUCAGGCGAUCGUUGUCUUGCCUCGAACCCCGCAAUCGUCCGCCCCCCCCCCUCAAAGAACUCAGCCUCACAACCUACCGCAACUUGCGACAACAUGCCCAGCCGCCUCCCUGCAACAACAGACUUCCCUUCAUCGGCGGUUUUAACCGUCACUCCGCCGCCUUCCUCGCAGCCGACUAAUGUCUUGAUCCUUCUGCACGGCCUCGGAGACACGCAUGAGCCUUUCACCAAGCUCGGACAGCAGCUGAACCUGCCGGAGACAGCAUGUAUUGCAGUGCAAGCCCCCAACCCCGUGCCAUUCGAUCUUGGCGGGAUGAACUGGGGUGAAGACAUGAUUUUCGACUCGAGCACCGGCGAAAUGGACAUGGACACGGGUCUAGAGAAGUCGGUGCGGCUGGUGCUGGACGAUGUCAUUCGCAAAGGGCUCAUCGACAAAUGUGGCUACAAAGCGCGCGAGAUCAUGAUAUUUGGGUUUGCACAGGGUGGCAUGGUUGGGCUACAGGUAGCCGCCGAGUUCUAUGGUGAAGAGCUUGGCGGGGUAAUCAGCGUUGGGGGUCCGCUGUCACAAUCUGUGCCGCUCAAAGCGCUACAAAACAAGAGCAAGACUCCCGUAUUGGUCUGCAAGGCGAACAAAAAGUCGUCAGUCAGCGACAGUGCAAUCUCCAAGCUCAAAGACGUUUUCGAGUACGUCGAAAUUGCAGAGUGGAAGAAGAGCGGCGACGGUAUGCCGAGCAACCGCGAAGAGAUGAUGCCCAUUAUGCACUUCUUUGCCCGGCGCCUCCGAAGCACCAAAGGCGUACCCGCUGGAAGCGUCGAGCUCAGCUAGGCGCUGGGCCUGGAAGCGACGACGAAGAAGAAGAAGCAGAAUGAGCAUGAAACGGGGGGUGCAGCCAUGUACGUAUGUCGACUCAUCGCAGCGUCAACAACGUCAGCAAGCAACCUUUCCAAGCGCUGGGUAGGUAGCAAAGAAAGGCCAGUGGGGCGAUUGGGUCUCGGGAGAUUAGGCUUGGAAAGUGGGCAAUAUCAAUAGAAAUUGAAAUGGAAAUGCUAAAGCUCAGUGUUGUAUUAUUGACACCGCUUCUGGCGUUUGGUGGAG